AUGGGGCCUCCCCUGUGUCCGUGCUGCUCCAACCACGCGUGCACGGAACUUCGCAGCUUGGAGCUGCGGCAACGCUGGGCCGCGGAGGAGGGCUUCAAGUGGACGUGGCACACAGACGGCCAGGCUACCAUCUUCCGCAUGAUGCACGGCCCAGGCGUGCUCGCGCGGGCAAGGGCGAACUUGAGUUCCACUUGGGUGCGGCAGCUUUUGUGGAAGCGAUGCCAGAAGGGGGCACCCGAGAAAUUUGACGAGUUGGCAAAAGUUUUGCUGUGUCUCUCCGUUGAGGCCCUGGUGCAGAAGAGUUGGCGCUGGUACGGGCCGUUGAUGUUCCGCCGGCGUUUGGAGCAGGUCCGUUGGUCUGGAGACCGCGCAGACAUUCUUGCCAUCGAUGGAAACGCCAAGUUAUGCGCUGGGGCUGACGCGCGCAUCCAAGCGCGCCGGGCUCGCCGCAUGGCGCUUCGAAAGCAGGGCGCGGCUGGCAAGAAAGGGCGCAAAGAAAAGAGCUUCAUGGCAUCCUGGAGCUCGAACGGGCCACGCGCCGCUUCCGAGUGUUCCACGCGCAAGGAGACGGACGCGCACAUCGUUGCAGCCGCCCGCGCAGCGGGCUUCCUGACGGCCGUAUCCGCGUCUGGCAUUCUGGCGCACGUGGAAGAGCUCAUGUGCGCUGAGCCCCUCAGCCAGCGGUACCGACUCCUCGCCAUAGUGGCGGCCCACAUGCCCGACCUCAAGAUUGUCGUCCACGACGACGCGUGCCACCUGCGCCUCAUGGCGGAGAAGAACGGGGAGGGCACCGCCGUGGCUGCGCGGUUGGCAACCGAGACGGCGUACAUUGUCGACGAUUACCAUUCCAGCGGGCACGUGGGCAAGUGGUGCAGCGAACAUUGCCUGCCGGGGCUGGAGGCCAACAGCCUUGUUGAGCAAUUGUCCCCGCUGGGCCACGUGAUCCACCGCGUGGGCCGGUGGGCCUCCCAGUUCUACGUGCAAGAGAUGGUGGGCGCGUUGAACAUGAAGACGCUGGGGCGCAUGAGGGGCGCCCAGGCCACUGCCGCCGGGAAGGUAGCUCGGGCGAGCGAGGCCGCCUCGGCCUCGGCCGAGAAGAAGCCGAGACAGCUCUGA